AUUAGCAAUUUCUAUGCUUGGCUAGAAGACUAUGCAAAUAAUUACUGCAUGUCAAAUAGCCCUUAAAGCCAUGCAUUUUAAUUUAAAAUAGACUGUGGCUCUUUGACUAUUUUAUUGGGUCUUUCAGGAAAAUGGAUGAGUAAAUAUCUGGGCAUGAAAAAUUUAUAUGAUACGACAGAUUGUUUUCUGAUUGCAGACUUUUAAAUAAAAAAUAUUUUGAGAUUUCUUUAGCAAAGAGAAUAAUAUGAUGGAUAUGGAACAGAGAAGGAAAUACAUGGAAUAUAUGAAAUCUGGAAGUAAAUGUGUUGCUUUUUGACCAUGAAGCCAGAAGGCAGAGCUAGAGAUCACUGGGUAGUAGAUCUCCUGGGUAGUGGAACCGUUAGGAAUGAGGCAUAUUUUUAUUGACUAGAAAAUACACUUGAGAGCAUGGGAGAGUUGCUCACGUGACAGAUUUCAAAGGGCUUUUGACCAAUCAGGAAAAUGGUUUGCUGAAAACAGAGCGUGCAUUACGAGUACCUGGGAAGCACCAAAACAAACGCAUAGAUUUGGAAUAAACAGAAGGGCAGCUCAAAAGGAACUAUGAAUCCAAGUCAGAAAUGAGAUGCUGGAUUUCAGAGAGCAAAGUUUUCUCUGCGAGGAUGCCUGUGAAAGCUAUCAAGCCCCACCAGGUGGCGGAAGGUGGAGCAUUGUCUUACAAAAUGGUAGAGGACGAACUGGCACUAUUCGAUAAAAGCAUAAAUGAAUUUUGGAAUAAAUUCAGAAGCACUGUCAGUGACACCUCCUGUCAGAUGGUGGGUCUAAGAGAUACCUACAAGGAUUCCAUUAAAGCAUUUGCAGAAAAGCUGUCUGUGAAAUUAAAGGAAGAAGAACGAAUGAUCGAGAUGUUUCUGGAAUAUCAAAAUCAGAUCUGCAGGCAGAAUAAGCUCAUUCAAGAAAAGAAAGAGAAUUUGUUGAAGUUGAUUGCUGAAGUAAAAGACAAAAAGCAGGAAUUGGACGCACUGACCGCAAAUAUCCAGGAUCUUAAGGAAGAAUAUGCUAGGAAGAGGGAAAUUAUUUCCACUGCUAACAAAGCUAAUGAAGAGAGGUUGAAAAGGCUACAGAAAUCUGCAGACCUGUAUACAGAUCGACUUGGACUAGAAAUUCGAAAAAUUUAUGGUGAUAAGUUGCAGUUUAUAUUCACUAAUAUUGACCCUAAGCAUCCUGAGAGCCCCUUUAUGUUUUCCCUGAGCCUAAAUGAAGCGAGGGACUAUGAAGUGUCAGAUAGUGCUCCUCAUCUUGAGGGCCUAGCAGAAUUUCAAGAAAAUGUAAGGAAGUCCAACAAUUUCUCGGCUUUUCUUGCCAAUGUUCGGAAAGCUUUUACUGCUAUUGUUUAUAAUUAAUGUAUAAAUAGUAUAUAAAAACCGUUAUCCUAUUGUGUUUCUCUUUUUAAAAAAGGUCUCAUUAUUUGUUGUUUGUCUAUAAUCCGUUUGUAUUUUUGUAACAUUUCUGUGUGCUAUUUCUGUAAAUUAUUUAAAUUAAAAUCUUAGGAAAGAUUUAUAAAGUCAAGCUUUUGGAGGUCAUGGACCAGUAAUAAUAAAAAAUGAGGGGGUGUGGGCCCAACCUAAGGUUUGCAAUUUUUAAAAUGUACUUCACAAAAUAAAUAUUAUCCUAAUAUCAUAAAGGAAAGAAUAUUUUUAUCUUAAACCAAGUGGGAUCUACAGUUAAAAUAAAGGACAAAUCUUUACAUCAGAAGAAGAUUGGCAGUAUUCUAAAAUGUCUUUUAGAAAAGAAUCUAAUUUUGAAAAUCCAAAUAUAGGAAAUUUAUAACCAAUUUUCAUCUUAUAAUAUUUAUACUGGCUAGUUGUGGUCUGGAUACAAAUUUGCCAUCUUUGGAGUCUAUUCAAUAUGAACUAGAACUCGAUCAACUUCUUCUAAGAUUUCAUUUUUGUCACCAUUCUUUCUUUAUAAAUUUGGUUGUCUUUAGGUCUGCUGGCUUUAGUGGAAGGCACAUACUACACCUCUCAGGAUAUCUUGGGCGCACCUAAAAGCCAUGGAGCAGUGGCCUUCGUGCUUCCAGCUACUGCUGUCUCCUCCUUGCAGUCUGGGGGAAAUGUUUAGACCAGUUGUCUAGUUAGGGUUGGAGGGAGUUUCAGAGUACUCUCCCUCAGUGGCCUCUCAUGCCUAGGAAACCCAGGUCUGGAGGUAGAUUAACCUCGAAAACUGAGCUAAGAGUAGGGAUGUUGUAGUUCUCUAAAUGGAAAUAGACACUACAUGUUUAACAGAAAAAAAUAGCAGAUGACUACUAUAGUGAGUACAUAUUUACUGCUUGAAAUAUAUUCUCAAGGAACAAACAGAACUUAAGAAAAUGUUUUUAUUCAUUGAAACUAGAGGAAAACCACGUCUCAUACCACAAAUUCUUGAUACAGUGUUUUGAACCAUACAGCGAGAAGGCACGAGGCAUUGAUUCUGAAAGAUCCUCUUCACCUGCAAGUUAGAGAAAUGAAGACGGGGGAUGAGAGACUAAAUGGGUAGCUCCGCACUUAGGUCCAUUUCUCCUCAAGGACCACCAUUCUUCACUUCUUCUAACUGGGGUGUGGAGGUGGGACGAGACAUCUGAAUGAGACCACGUAGCAGGAAAGUCACAAAAGGAUAGCAUAGGAACCAGCUUUGCAGCUGGGAUCCAAGGUCAGACGUAUGAAUAAAGUGCACUCUCAUACCAAACAAAGGGCCUUAAGCCAUAGAAAUUUAUAUCAGUUUGUUUUCUCACCUGGAAAGUUGAUUCAUUCUAAAAGUGGAAUUGGGAAUUGGUUAGGGUUGGCCACCUUAGAAUAAUAGAUAGUACUUUCUUAACUCUUCUUAUGUGCCCAGCACUGUUCUAAGCCCUUUACAGAUGUCACCUCAUUUAUAUUCCCUCAACAACCUGUGAGGUAGGUACUAUCCAUAACCUAGUUCUACAGAUAAGGAAUCCAAGGCACAGAGAGUGUAAGUAACUUCAAGUCAGAUAGCUGGGAAGUGUUAGAGUUGGGAUUCAAACCCAGGUGGCAGUCUGGCACCUAACCCAUGAACUUCACCUAGACUCUACCUUAUGCCUUUCUAUGCUAUAUUGCAGAGAAAGUAUGUGAAGACAGAGUUCUUAACAAAGAUUCUAUACAAAUUUGAAUUUUUUUUGUUUUUUUUUACAAAUUUGAAUUUUUAUAAUAUAAUUUUGCUUUUUUGUUUCUAUAGAGGUAUAAUGAUUAAGAAAAAAAAAAACAGGGGGAUAUGUUUUGCCUGGAUCCUUAGUACCUGGCCUUCAGAACCCAAGUGACUCACUGAGAACCAUCUCUAGGUAUUCAGACUGCACUUAUCAACCCAGGUCUUUAUGGAAAUGGUGGAUGGAGGACUGUUGACUUAUGCGUAAGUCUUUAUCUGUUCAAUCAAAUAUAAAUGCCCUAAUUUUUGAGGUUUGCUCUGUGCCAACCUAGGAAUAUUCUGGAGUCAACAUUAUUAGUAUAUUAGCUUAAAUUUUAAAGUUUGAUACAUUAUGAAAAUUGCGCUUUGAAUACAUGUGAAAGGUAAACCAAGCUAUUCCAUUAAAUUUGCUCUAUCCAUUUUAUUUAGGAUGCUGUGUUGUAAAUAAGAAAUAAUACUUUUAAGCAUUUACAGUCUUACUGGUACGGAAAUAAAGCACAAGAUACAUAGGUAAGAGAUUUUCUUAAAUGGGAAACAAAUGCACACAAGUAGUAAAACUGAACUGGAAUCCAAAUCGGGUGGACUAACCUAUUCCACAUUUUGUAAUAAAAUGGAACAACAAGCCCUCUAAAAUUAAACUCAAUCACUAAUUAAGUUAAAAAAACAGAAUCAGCACAAAAUCUGCUAGUGGAUUUAAAGUUUUGAUUUCCCAGGUAAUGAGGAUUAGAAUGUGUUGCUUCUCUUCCACUUCAGAGGAUUCUUGUACAGAGACAAUUAGUUAUAUUUUAAUUUGUGUAUCAUGACAGUGAAGUGCCUAGUAUCACCCUAGCAUAGUAUCUAACACAUAGUAGAAGCUUAGUAAGUAUUUGUUAAUGUCGAACACAUUUCUAGACUCAAUAUAGGAUUAUUUAAUGGGAAAUUAAAAUUACAUCUUUGAAAAGGAGCUGACUUGUUCAGUAAUACCUACAGGCAUGUUGCUGAGAUGUCUAGAAAUUCUUAGAAGGUAAAGAUAUUUCUGCAGGCAAUUCUUGACUAAAUGACAAAGCUAAUUGAGAAUAAGACUCUUUCUGAAUAAAGAAGGGUUUCAUCUAAGUAGAAAGAGAGUCCGUCAGUUAAGUAAGUAAACUGGAGAGUAUAUGAGCUGUUUAAAUCAGCUCCUUUCUUGGUAUUGUUAAACAUACUGUAGUGUGAAGUGUGAACAAUGUAUGGUGAAAUAUGUGAAGAAUGUUUGGAGUUUAGACACAUGUUAUCAUUUUCCCUUAGCAACCAAGCAAGCUGGAGGUAGCUGCUGAAGCUAAGGUCCAACAAAGGGAAAAACUUCAGGGAUGAAGUUAUUUUACUCAGUUGGAUAGAUUUUUACAGAAAUUCAGAAAGUGGCAAUAUUUGAGAUCAAAUAAAUGUGAUCGGUAUAAUGGUAAAUCUUGAAUACUCUUUUUUUUGUGAAAAAUUCUGCUUUCUGGCCCCAACAUUGGUAAUGUAGAAAGAUUUGAGGAUUAAGAUGUGGUCCAGUCUUUGCUCUACUAUUAAAAUUGAUACAUGAUGUUAGGCAAGUCAUUUAAUCUUCUGAGCAUCAAUUUUCUAUCAGGCCAGACUGCACUAUGUGUAGUUUCCCAAACUUGCUGUUUUCUUUUUUGUUGACCAGGCCAAGAAAGUUUUCUUCUAUUUUCAGUUAACUAAAAGUAAUUAUCAUGAAUGUUUGUUGGAUUUUAUCAUGUUUUUCUGUAUCUUUAUAGAUUUUCACCUUGUAUCUGCUAAUGAGGAGAUUUAUAUUAAUAGGCUUAAAAAAGCAGUUGAAUUAAACUUGCUUUCCUAGAAUAAAUCCAACUUAG